AUGGUCGCCGCAAAUCCCCGCACUACUCUCCACCCAGCCAUGAUCCGUCAACCACCCGCUGCCUACAACGCCAAAGGUCAAGAUUUCGAAAUGAGGGAACCUUCCAAACACGCCAACAUGUCCAUGUCGCCCACUCCCACCGGCACACUUUCCCGCACCAGCAGUACCGAUUCCCAUGCAUCCGGUAGCGCACACGCUGCAGGAAGUGUUCCCGUACACCAGAGAGGUGGAGGAAGUGGGGGAUUAUGUUGUGGAAUCUGUGCUGGGUUGGCUUGCUUUGAAUGUUUGGAGUGUUGUUGUUAGAUAUUGGGUAGAGGGGGGAUGAGGAGAGGUAAACGGAGC